CGGUGAAUGGCGUUAGACGCGUAAGGCAAAGACGAGGGUCUGGUGUCCGGGGGCAUGGGUCGAUAAGGUGCGGGUAAAUAAAGGAAAAUAAAGGAAUCAACAUGCGGAAAGUCGCACGGUGGUAGUGCCCGGCGCCCAGGGUACAUAAGUGCUCUGCCUCUCGCUUCUCCCAACAACCGCCCACCACUCCCCGUCUGUCGGCGACUGUCCCCCAUCCCCUAGUCCGUAUAUUUGUACUCUACGCUUUCGACAGUCCACCACGCAAUGCCCGACGCUCCUUCCAGCCCGCGCAAGACCGUCUCCUCCGCCUCUCAGCAGGUUCGAUCUCAAAAGAAGCCCGGAGCGCCCAAGCCAAAAGGCGCCGUUCGUGCUAAGUCGGGCUGCUACACCUGCAGGAUUCGACGGAAGAAAUGCGACGAGCAGCCGAACGAAGAAGGCGCGUGUCAGACCUGUGUCCGUCUCAGGCUGCAAUGUCUCGGCUUUGGCGCCAAGCGUCCAGACUGGAUGAGGGAGAACAACAGCGUCACUGAGCUUCGCGAAAAGAUCAAGACGUUCCUCGCGUCUCAGGGCAUGAUCAAGGGUCACUCGGGCUCGGGCCCGCGCACAACCGAAGCAGACCCUCCUGUCCUCGUCCUCGUCGACCAACUCCAUACUUCGCCGUCGAGUCCUCCCACUCCUACUCUUUCUGCUACCUCCAGCGAGGGACACCGUCCCCCUCACAACGGCAUGAACACUUCGUUCGAGCGCGCUCCUGCCCACUACGCUCCCAUGCCUCCCCCGGAGCAGCAGCACUAUAGUCAGAGUAUGUACUAUCCUGCUCUCAUCCCCGUUUCGUGGUAGUGAACUUUCGCAGACUGGCAGCCUGCCAUUCCGGAGUUGGGUCCUCACGACCCCGCCAUGAAUCGGGGCCCCAUGCUGCCCAACGUGAACGACAUGUUGUACCACCCGCCUGCCCCCGCCCCGCCUCAGCCUCAGCCUCCUAGUAUGAUACAGUCUCCUUCCAUAGUCUCUGCUCCCUCCUCCUGUAAGGCGCCGUACCGUUAUUAGUGUAUCAUGAAUGUAUUAUGAUUAAUGCCCUCCUCUAUGCAGGGCCUCCGCAUUAUACUGGUUCUGCCUCAUCGUAUCAUCCGCUGGCCUCGGCGGGAGCAAGUUCAAUGUCAGGAUUGAGCCAAUCAAUAUCGACUCCGACUUACAUGCCGAUGAAUGGUAUGAACGGUGGUGGGGUGCCCACUGCAGGUCCGUCGUCAUCAUCGUCGAUCUACUACAAUCCUCCUGUCUCCUCCCUUUCUCGGGCGUACAACAUCAACCCCAGCAAUCUCUCUGAUGACGAGCAGGAAGCGCUUCGCAGUCCGGACGCUAUGGCCCCAGCCGCGCCCAUGAACGCCGUUGGUCUAGUUUUGCCAACAGACCAACAUUCCCUCAUCAAUCACUACCUGCAAUAUGUCUUGCCAAUACAGUACCUGCUCGCCGACUCCUCGAUCAAGAAUUUCAUGUUCCGCAUCCUCCAAAGCUCACCGGUGGCGCGGGAUGCAGCCUGUCUGCUGUCUGCCCUUCACAUACACUACAUGCGGUAUCCUGCGCCGACUGACUCGAACGUCGUGACCGCCAUCUUUGAUCGAGUACAGGGCAACCUCCUCAGCAGCAGACGGCAGUACAACGAGGGCGACGCGAUGGCUGGCCUCCACAUCGUCUCCAGCGUCCUCUUCUCCGGCGGACGGGGCGGCUGGGAGGUCUGGCUGGACAUCGCGAGCCAGUACGUGACCACGAUCCUCAACGACCCGGACGUGUACGGGCCCGAGGAGGCGCUGCGGCGGUGCAGCGAGAGCACGCGGUUCAUCAUCAAGACGACGAUGUGGUUCGACGUGCUGGCGAGCGUGACGACGCAGCAGGUGCCGCGCUUCCUCGAGUACUACCGGCUGCUCUUCAACGGCGCGUACAUCGACGACCCGAUGGGCGGCGGGGGCGCGCCCGAGAUCUCGAUGCUGCCCGUGAUGGGCUGCGAGAACAAGAUCGUGCUCGCGAUCGCGGAGAUCUCGAACCUCGCGCACUGGAAGGAGAGCCAGUCGCGCCGCGGGUGCCUCUCGAUCCCCGAGCUCGUGCACCGCGGGACGAUGAUCGAGGAGCAGCUGCUCGCGCCCGCGUCGCCGCACAACCCGCUCGUCCCGCUCCAGGCGGGCAUGUACGGCCCGCAGGCGCAGCACUCGCACAUGUACCCGAACGGCGGCGGCGGCGAGGCGGACGUCGUGUGGCGGCGGCGGCUGACGAACAACAUCUUCCGCGCGAGCGCGAAGGUGUACCUGCACACGGUGCUCUCGGGCGACUACCCCGCGUGCCCGGAGAUCCAGAACGCGGUGACGGAGACGAUCGGCGCGCUGCACGACGUGCCGGACCAGCCGUCGGUGCACCGCAGCGUCGUGCGGAGCGUGGUGUUCGGGAUCUGCCUGUCGGGGUGCCUGACGGACGACCGCGGGCAGCGCGCGUUCCUGCUGAACAUGCUCAAGCGGCAGCAGCAGGAGUCGAUGGGGAACAUCACCGAGGUCGCGCGGCUCAUGCAGCAGGUGUGGGACCGCCGCGACCGCGACCGCGGGCGCGGCCAGUUCACGUCCGUCGACUGGCGCGCGGUCAUGCGCGAGAGCCACAACGACUUGCUGCUGCUCGUGUAGGCCGUAGACGGUGCUGCUUGGUUUUUUUGCGUCCGCACACAUCCCUACGCCCCGCUCGCUCUUUGCAUCCCAUUCUGCGUGCUGUCCGUCGGCAAUCGUCAUACCUGGCCCGUCCGGGCCCUCAACUUCCUUCCGCGUCGACAGGCAAAACUACUCGGUCCGACUUUGGUCGUCGUCAAUUACAAUCGCCCUGGUCCACACAGCCGCCCAUCGCCCGUCGCCGGUUUGCAAUCGUCGCUUUCAUGCUUGCUGCUGCUGCUGCUGCUGCUGCUUUGCUGCUGUUCGUCUCCGUCUCCAAUGCAUUUGCUCACAAAACGAUUACAGUUCCCGCCGCGACACUUGUAAAAUCUAUUAUCAUCCCCAACUCCAGUCCCAACUCCAGCCCCAGUCUCGGUCUCCAAUCCUCAGUCCCCCGAUCCCAAUCCCAGUCCCCAACAGAUACCGACCCGCGCUCCGGAAAACCCCCCUCGCUAGGUGUACAGUCAGUCAGUCCGUGGGUCCGUCAUGCUACCGUAUUAUGAUCGUUCUCGUGUUAUCGGGUUCUAGCUGCAGUCAGUACUCCUUUGUGUGUAUGUAUCUUCUACUUCAGGCUAUCGUACGCUUCGCCGUCCGCACCUCCUCACGUUUAUAUUUUACCAUUAGUAGGGCCUGUGCCUCUGCACGUAUAUUGCAAGGUUCCAUAUGACAUGGCUCGGUCGCGAAGUUGGUAUUGCUCCCGGACCUUCUUCCCCAAUCGUCGCACCCCACCCACGCACACCCUCCCCACCACCGGAUGGCUGAGGGGCUGAGCCGAGUGCCGACGACGCGGUGGACGUCGGGCACGGAUUCGGACGCGCAAGACGAGACGGGCUGCCGUCUCGUCUGCGGCCCCGGGCCCGGCUUCGGAAGUUCUUCUCCCACGCCGCCACGCUCCGCCUGGCAGCCCGGGCUUACCGCGAAUUCGCUGCCUGGCAGCGUAUCCCCGCUGUCUGCGGUGCCUUCGAAUUCUCCGCCCCUCCCUCCCACCGUCGGUCAUGCUGUGCCCGGUGCCCAGUGCCCUAGCGCACGCGGGUCGUCCGUACCGGGCUUUCGCGGGCCCGCCAAGGCCACCACGCCUGCCGCUCUUCCCUGGUCCACGUCGCGGGUGGACGUUCGAAGGAUCCGGGAGGGGGCAGCAGGAAGGAGGGGCGAGCCGCGGUGCGGGCAUCGAAGCCGGUCUCGAAUACCCCACGCGGGUCGAGUCCGUGCGUCGUGCCACGCGCCCUGCAGGGCAGUAUUGCCAGCUUUGGGCUGCGGGCGCGAGGACGGGCUGAGGGCACGACGGAGCAGGACGUGCGUAAUGCGCAUCGGGCGUACGGGCUGCGGUGUGGAUGGCAUGUCUACUGCGUCUGACGUGCGACGUGCGACAGACGCUCUCCUGUCUUGUCCACCCUGCACAUGCUAUCGCUCCGCCCUACACCGGCCGCGCGAAUCAGAGGCCGAUACGGUUGCUCCUCACGUCUGGGAGGCGGAUGGCCACGCGCGCACCCCUUCCAACCUUCCCUGUUCGGGCCACGUCCGCGCCGUCGCGCGACCGGACGCGACGGCGGACGGGAUAGUUCGCUCGUUCGCUCAAUCCGUAAUGCGCAUCACGCCCCAGCUAUCCUACCAACUGGCGCGCGCCGAGCACGCAGCGAGAUAGGGAACGCGGCGACAGAGCGCAGGGACGCUGCGGCAAGCGCGCGUGCCAGUCGCCCGCGCCGACGGCUGCAUUGUCGGGAUGUGAGGACGUGAUGGGAGGGAGGGAAGGCGCGGGGGGAGGGUGCCAGACUAUGCCGUACGCCGUAGAGGCGCAGACAGCUGCACAGUCGCUAGUAGGACCGGAAUGAAUGGUCAGUCAGCUCUGCUACGGUCGCCCACCGGAACCCGCUCACUGACUCACCCCCGGGCCCCCGGCGUCGGCGUCGCGCGCGCGCGCCCUCCUCGUUAUCAUUCCGGUAGCGACGACCACCCAGUGGAACUGGAGUCGGGGGCGGACGCUGACGCAAACGCAAGCUCUCCCACUCGCAGACUUGCGAGCAUGCAAAGCGUGCGCACUGGCUAUUUUGAGCACGCGCACGCUUCCGUGCCACACUCAUGCCUUACGCGGCGAAUGGGCAGCUUAGAGAUGACUACUACAGGCACGGCUCGGCCAAUGACAAGGGGUACAAACGCUCUACAGCCUCGGUGGCUGACUGCGCUUCACAAACAGCGGGAAAGGGAUAAUAGGGCUGCUAACAAGGGCCCAAGGCCCAAGGCCCGAUGCCCGAUACGACGAGGAAAGAGAGAAAGAGAACAGAGCCACCCGCACUUCCCCCCACUGCGAUAAACUCGGGGCGACAUCCUGACUGCAAAAAUGCUCCGCCCCGUCCCUCGGACCCGACUUGACGGAUUCGAACCAAGGCCCCAGCUUCGAACUCCCAGGACUCAGCGAUGCCCGCAUUAUGGGGCGCUUCUUGCCCGUAGGUGGUCGAGCCGGGAUGAUGGAAGGUGAAGUUCCAAGUGAUGCACGCUCGCGUUCCCGGCCUCCUCCUCCUCCCCCUCCCGCAUCGUGCCAGAGCGAGGUCUGGCACUGCUAGAGAGCUCCGUUAGAGUUCAAACUCUGGUCGAGCUAACGCCGCAGCAGCGGCGGGAUCGGCGGACGCGGUGCUCGAGGUGCGUGCUAUCUUGUUUCUCGCGUUGGCGCUGAAAUGCUCGUAUCAUAUAGGUUCGUGUGUGCCAGUGGACACUAUAAGCAAGUCGACAACACGUUCGCCUGCCGGGUGUGUACGUGCGGCAAAGAUGAAGCAGGUGUGCCCGUCCGUGUCUGGCCUCGCGACCGGGGCUCGCGGGUCCAGGUCGUGCAGCAGGGGUUUGCGGGUGCGGGUGCGCAUGCGCAUGCGCACGCACGAGGUGCGUCCUUCUCUCAGGGACAUGCGAAGCGCGGUUGGCCCUCAGGCGAGUGCGAGCCGCGUGACACCGAAGGUGCGCAUUCCAGCGAUUCGGCGUUGUGGGCGACGAUGUGCGUGUCCGUGGGUAGCAGAAGAAUAGGGGCGAGCGGGACAAGGGUAGCGCGACGGGGGUAGGGUGGAGGAGGCCUGGGCUGUUCGUCGUCGUACAAUAGCAGGCCUCCACCUUGUAAAUUUACUUCUCGUGUGAGCGCAGCAGGUCGCUUUGCGCGAAAUAUAUUUCUGGGACGGC